AUGGGAUACAACAUGGUCUUCUACGUCGACGGCGGCUGCCGGCACAACGGAUCCGGAUACGCAAUCGGUGCAGCCGCGGCGGUCAAGAUGAAGCGCAAUCGAGGCCACGUGUACUGGACCGAGAAGAUGGACUUCGACGACUCUCCGACAAACCAACGCGCCGAGAUGCUGGCCAUCAUCCUGGCCCUGCCGUCUGCGCUGAGCGAAUACGACACGCUCAACCCGUUGCCAUACCUCUUCUUGGAGAUUCGCUCGGACUCAAAGUAUGCCAUCGGCUGCAUGACCGAGUGGAAAGCCCGAUGGAUCUGCAACGGCUGGAGGAACUCGCGAGGCAAUGAUGUUGCGAACACGGAUCUCAUUCGGCAGGCAUACGACUUGGAGGAUCGCGUGAAAGACAUUGGCAAGGUUACCUACACGCACAUCCCCCGAGCCCAGAACACGGUUGCCGACGGAUACUGCAACCAAGCCAUGGACGAGAUGGAGUAG